GACGUCAUCAGACCUGCCAGUAGCUGCUCCGCUCUAGAUGCCUCUAUAGAGGUUAUCACUCCCUGAUGUCCAGAACCCCACAAAUGGACCACAUUCAGUGUAUGCCGGAACUUCACAAUGAUGCAACACAAGAUCUUCAGGGUGAUGUUCCUAGAAAUGUAAAAUUUGAGGAGGAAGUGAUAUGCGUGAAGAUCAAGGAAGAAGAGAUUCCCACAGAUGUCAGUCCAGAAAAAUGGAUGCAGACAAAGUGGGGAUCUAGGAUGUCCAAAAAUAUCAGAGACUCAGACUCUGAGUCAACACAUCAUGGACCAGAGCCUUUUGAAUCUUCUUCUGAGGAGGCAGAGCUAUCCCAGGCUGGCCCCUCACAGCUGCUCCCUGUGAUAUCACCCAGACAUGACACAGGAAGGAUGACCGAGCGAGGCUCCAAACGCAAUAGGAAGAGGAGAAGGGAGGAGGUUGAGUUUAUGGAAUCUGUGUUGCAUCGCCUCAGUGAGAUGAAUGAAGAAAGAUCUCGCCACUUAAAAGAGAUGGCAUCUCAGCAGGAGAUAAUUAUCAGGCAAUUGCGGGACGAUGAGGAUAGUGAUAUGCUUUUUCUCAAGAGUCUCCUCCCUUUGAUGAAAGAGAUGCCAACUCCUAGAAAAAUGGAAUGUUGGACAGCAAUGAUGGAUGUCAUGGCUAGAUUUGUAGCUCCCUCUUCCACAACUCAUCAACCAUCUCAAGCACCAGGUCCCUACUCCCAUGCCCCACCUCCUGAAUCUUGGUAUGAACCAUCUGCAUACUCAUCUGCCCCCAGUCACUCCUGCCCCCCUCACAGACAGAGAUUGGCAGAAGAACUGGGAGAGUUUCAAUAUUACCCAGCCUAAAACUUGAGAAUUUUAAAGAACUACAUUUGGGUUG